UAAAGGUUCAUGGCCGGGACAUUAAGAAGCAGCCUGCAGGCCGAUCCUGCUUCUUGCUCCAAUUUUAUAGUGGUUUGGGAUUUGUGAAAUGGGAAGUGCAGAGCUCCGGGACAGGAUGUGGAAUCACUGCUUGGUCGUUCAGCCCGUAGCCAUACCGCUCCCCACACCGACUGACACACGGAGCAUGCGUGCAGUCGCACCAGAGUCCGAGUCUGGAGAGGACGGCAAAAAGAUUAAAGUUUUGGCAUCUGAAAUUCUUCCCUUCUAGUCCCCGGUGGAUUGAAAGUCAUCUUUUCGAGCGCAUAAAGUCUGGCCCGGAUUCAGGUGAUGACUCACUUCUGGACUCUCCUAUCAGCCCUGCUGCUAGUUUUGUUGGUGGCUGAAGCUCUGAGCAGCCCUGAGGAAAAUGAAAAUGAAGUCCUAAAACAUGCAGAGACAGAGCUCACCAAGAGUCAGAUGGUUGGGAAUACAAUCAGAAAUAUCAGUGAAACAACGCAGAGCCACAUACCUACCAAAUCAGCUCAGUGGACUUCCACAGCUCCAACAACCUCCUCUCCUGCUCCUUGGUGUCCAGGAAACCAGGUGAUGCAUAAGAGCAGCGUUGGCUGUGGCUGUCCACCUGGAACAGUGAAGGAUGGUGACAACUGUACCUGCCAAGUGGGGUUUACUCUGGAGGGAGCAGCUGAGUGUAAAGAUGUCGAUGAGUGUGAAGCAGAGGGGCCAGGCCCAUGUGGUCUCCAUGCCAGCUGCACUAAUACCCCUGGCUCUUACUCAUGUGGCUGCGUCCGUGGUUACUUGAUGAGCUCUGAAGGGUGCCAGGACAUAGAUGAGUGUGCUCUGGCUGCAGUAACUGGUCUGCAGGCCUGUCAGGAUGGGGCUGAAUGCAAAAACACCCCUGGCUCCUUCACUUGCUCCUGCCCUGUGGGAUAUGUAAGGGCUUUAAAUGGACAAAGCUGUGUAGAUGUGGAUGAGUGCAGCUUCGAGGAACAUUGUCGCCGUGAACUGGGAAAUGUGUGUGUGAACACUCCUGGCAGCUAUCUUUGCCAGUGCCAGCCAGGCUUCAAAGCAGAGGCCCCUGCUUGUGUUGGUCCUGUGUGUCCAGACUACACCGUGUGUCAAGAUGUAAAUGAAUGUCUGGACAGUCCUGACUUGUGUGAUGGUCAGGGUGUGUGUGAGAACACACUUGGGAGCUACAAGUGUGUUUGUCGGCCAGGUUACCGGGGAAACGGCACACACUGUGAAGAUGAGAAUGAGUGUGCAUCAGGUGUCCACAGGUGUGACACCAAUGCUCGGUGUGGCAACAUUAUCGGCUCAUAUUUCUGCCAGUGUUACCAGGGCUUUAAUGGAGACGGUCACUCUUGUUUUGACAUAGAUGAGUGUUUUGUGUACAACGGCCACUGUGAACACAACUGCACCAACGAGCCUGGAGGGUACAGCUGUCAGUGUGCCUCAGGUUACCAGCUGGACCAGGGUGGACACAACUGCACAGAUGUGAAUGAGUGUUUGUCUCUAAAUGGGACCUGUGAGCACAUUUGCGUCAACACUCUGGGCUCUUUCCAGUGCUCCUGCAGACCGGGCUUCCAGCUGCACAUUGAUGGCCACACCUGCGUGGACGUUGAUGAAUGCAAACUCCAGAAUGGCGGCUGCUCUCACACCUGCACCAACUCUCCAGGAGGAUACACUUGUCACUGCCCACCUCCCCUGUUGUUAGACACGGAUGACCUCACCUGCAGCAAUGUUACAUCUUGUAAAUGGAGAAAUGGUGGUUGCAACCAUGUAUGUAGUGUGAGGGCUGAGGGCCAAGUCCAGUGUAGCUGUCAAGCAGGCUGGAAGCUGGGGGAAGACAUGAGGAGCUGCGUGGAUGUGAACGAGUGUGGAGACUUUACAAAUGGAGGCUGUGAGCAGCUCUGCGUGAACCAUCCUGGUGGGUUUAACUGCACAUGCAGGGAGGGGUAUGAAGUGCGAACAGAUGACCCCACAAAGUGCUGGCCUGUGUGUGAUCCCCCAUGUCAGAACUAUGGAGUGUGUGUGGCACCAAAUAGCUGUGACUGUCCUCCAGGAUAUCCUGGUGUGGGCUGCUCAGCUAUGUGCUCUCCACCUUGUGCUCAUGGAGGUACCUGUAUGCGUUGGAACAAGUGUUUGUGUCCUAGUGGCUGGAUGGGAGCAGGCUGUCACACAGCUGUGUGUGAGUUGCCUUGUGCUAAUGGUGGCCGCUGUGUGGGCCCUGACACCUGCCAGUGUCCCUCUGACUACACUGGCCCUCAGUGCCUUCUGCCCCUGUGCACUCCUUCCUGUCAAAAUGGGGGAAGAUGUGUGGAUGUCAAUAAAUGCAUCUGUGUCGGAGGAUGGCAAGGCCCUCGAUGUCAGAUUGAGCCUGUCAAGUGUCACAAGCCAUGUAAUAACGGUGGUGUGUGCGUGGGGCUGAAUAGGUGUCGCUGCACCAAAGGAUUCACUGGAAGUCUCUGUGAAACAGCUGUGACCACACCUUGUGUCCCACCCUGCCAACAUGGAGCCACAUGCAGCCCUCACAACACAUGUACCUGUCCAGAGGGCACUGCAGGUCUACGCUGUGAGAGACUGACAUGCCCUGUGGUCACCACUGUGGUCAGUAUGGCCCGAGCGGUGAGGAAGGCAUUCAGGGAGAGUUAUGUUGAUCGCUGUGGACCCUUGGGAGUUCAGCUUUGCAAUAAAUACAGGAUAAACCAGGCACGCGUGUACCUGCAAGCAUACAGGGUUGGCUACAAAAUCCAGUGUCCUGAGAAAAAGAGCAGAUAAGCAGUGCUGGAUCUGUAGAAAUGUUUUUCACUUGCACCAGACAGCAUUUUGAACAGCAUCCAAAGACAAAAACAGAAGGGUUGGAUCAAAUCUAAACUGUGGAAACUAAACUGAAAAGAUGACUUUUCUUUGAGGGUAGUUUCACCUGAAUAAUGGUUGCUGGUCUGAAAUAAAAGAGCUGUUGCUGCAGCAUAAAGGCAGUUUCACUAUGAUGUGUUUAAAAUCUUAUAAAUAAAAUAAUUUUUAAAAGUAUUAUUUUACUUUUUAAAAUGGGCAGUGGAUUCCUUAUUUGUUACGUUUGUAAAUGGCAGCUGAAGGUAAUAAAAUGUUUCAAUCUUUUUUGUGCACUUUUUACUUUUUGCAGUGUUUUUCAAAUAUUGACUGUGAGUGUACAGUCAUUCAAGAUCACCUGUGAGAAUGCUGUCAUAAAGAUAAAGUUUAAAGUAGAAUCUUUUAAACUACUACUUGCAUGUAGCACUAACUAAACAAGCGGUGACUGGAUGAAUCAUCUAUCCAUUUAAGUGAAGUUUAACCUUUAACAUUAAUUAGAUCGAACACACGUUACAUGUAGAACCAGUAUAUGAAAAGUUUGUUGUCACACCUAAAUCUGGUCUGUAGUUACAGAUAUAAGAAACCAAUCUGGCCAAAAGUUCCUGUUAUGUCUAUGAGCAGAUAGCUUGGAGACAUGAAAGAAGGAAUUGUAAUGCUUCAUAUCUCUUAAGUUCCCAGCUGUCUUCUAAAGUGGUAAGAAAACCACUACAAGUAGAAAUAAUUUGAGAUAUUUGUAACCUGUAAUAUAAUUCAUAAUAAUCAGAAAGGUAAUACUUAUAAUGUUAAAUAAAGCCCAAGUGAUUUCUAAUGCUUAUGUAUAUUAAUCACAACCACAAUAUGGAUGUCUUUAUUUACAGAACACAGAUUUUGUUGCUACUGGUGUGUGGUAAAAAAAAACAAAACAAACAAACAGGAUUUAAAAGAUAAAUUAAAAAUUAAGCAACAAACUAAAUCAUUACACUCUACAUACAUGCCUCCUCUCGUGCAGCAUUAAUCUAAUCUCUCCAUGUUCCAAUCUCUUUCCUCCUCCACUGACAGGAAGCUACCUAUAGAGGGCACCAUUCUGCAGCUACAUGAUGUUCAGACCAGUUGUAAAUGAAAAAGAAGCAUUUUUGCAAUUUUCUGUGCAUCUUUUUGUUAAUGUUACAUGUUCUAAUAAUGUUAGUGAAUUAUGAAUAAUUGAUG